AUGAAACUUCAGUAUGACAAGAACUCUGCUGACCCCCAAUUUGAGAUAGGACAACGAGUCUGGAUUUACACUCCACGAGCGAAGCGUGGUUUAAGCAAGGAACUCCUAUCUAAAUGGAAUGGACCAUUUCGCAUCUGCAGAAAGUUUUCACCGGUACACCAUCAAGUUCGAACAUGUGACAAUCGCCUGGUGGCUACCACCGUCCGUGCCAACCGUUUGAAGCAUUUUUAUAAUCCUGCGGAUCGCCCGAUUUUACCUCCUGCAGAAGAUAAUCUUGAUGAUUUACCCUUUGACACCUCAGUGCUGCCCGCAGACAGUCGUGACUCAGAGGACCCUAAAACUACUAACGACGCUAAUGCUGUACCUAACAAAGAUGUAAGUACGUCUGUUUAUUCAACUCCUGUUGAUUCUCCAGAUUUGCUCAACGAACCGGAUGUUCACCGUACUGAAAAGAUUCUCAAGUCACGAAGACGAAAUGGCAAGAUACAAUACCUGGUUAUAUGGUCCAACUACCCUUCAUCUGAAAACACGUGGGAACCCGAAGAAAAUAUUUUGGAUUUACGACUUCUGGAAGAGUUCGACAAAAAGUCUAAGUAA